AAAAAGAAAGAAUGAAAAGGGAAAGUGUUUUUACAUAGGUUUCGUCAACUCUGAGUAGUAUGUAUUAGAGAAUCGAUCUGAGAUCAAUUAAGGAACUAAUUGAGUCAUUAUGCUGUAAUCGUUGAAGUACUCUCACUUUGAUUGGCGGAUUCAAAUCGAUAGAAUCAGUGCGUUGACUUGGGAUCUCUAGUUCAUUCAGUAAACUGCUACGGUCGUUUCAUUAGAAUCAGUGCGUUGACUUGGGAUCUCUAGUUCAUUCAGUAAACUGCUACGGUCGUUUCAUUAGAGCUUGGUCUAGGCACACAGAUUUGAGUCAAGUUCUAAAUUGGAGUCACAUUUGGUCAAAACAGAGACGCUUUAAAAGGGGACAAAAGGGUAGUCAUAUAACUUCUUCUUCGAGCCAAUGGUUGAAAGGUUCCCAUUAAUGUUCCUCCUUGUGUCACAUUUAUUCGUCUCAGGAGUAAUGUCGAGAAACUUUACUAUAGAAAACAAAUGCGAUUACACUGUCUGGCCAGGAAUCCUAACCAUGGCUGUUAUGGCUUCGCCCUCCACCACCGGCUUCUCCCUUAAGAAAGGGGAGUCGCGUGUGAUCAAUAUGCCAUCUUCAUGGACAGGUCGUUUGUGGGGUAGAUCCCACUGCUCCACAAGCUCAACAGGGAAUUUCUCUUGUGCAACGGGCGACUGUGGCACGGGAAAAAUUGAGUGCUCCGGAGAAGGAGCAUCGUCUCCGACGACUCUAAUCGAUUUUACCCUCGACGGUCCAAACGGUGAAGACUACUAUGACGUAACUGUCGCGAACGGUUACAACCUUCCCUUGGUUGUGGUCCCACAGCUUUCAGGGAGUGGCCGGACAUGCAGCAACGUUGGUUGCGUGGUCAACCUAAACAAGACAUGUCCGUCAGAGCUUAGGGUGAUGGGACGCUCCAACAAGCAACAGCCCAUCGCUUGCAUGAACGCUUGUGACAAAUUCGGGUUGCCGGAGUUCUGCUGCUACGGCGAGCACAGCACACCUGAAACAUGCCAACCGACGCUUUACUCAAAGAAUUUCAAGAACGAGUGUCCACUCGCUUAUAGCUAUGCUUAUGACGAUAGAAACAGCACCGUCAGAUGCUCAAACUCAGCUAACUACAUCCUCACCUUUUGCCCGCUGAUUACUUCGAACACCACCAACAACACCAUAAGCUCAGCGUCUCAAUCCUCCAAGGAAACAAAUGGAGGAACAAAACAAAAAUCAUCAUGGAAGUUAAAACUCAUACUUGGAGUCUCAGCAGCAGCUUUAACCAUGAUGAUCACAAUUUUCGUCGUAAUAAUAUUGAGAACAAAAAAUGAGAGAAAGAGUGAUUGGGAUGAGCAGAAUGUUGAGGCAGUUAUAAUGUUGAAACGAUAUAGUUAUACAAGAGUCAAGAAGAUGACAAACUCAUUUGCACAUGUUCUCGGGAAAGGAGGAUUUGGAACUGUCUACAAAGGAAAGUUACCCAAUAGCGGUCGGGAUAUUGCAGUAAAGAUCUUGAAGGAAACAGAGGGGAAUGGAGAAGAGUUCAUUAAUGAAGUAGCUAGCAUGAGUAGAACAUCUCAUGUCAAUAUUGUUUCUCUGCUUGGAUUCUGCUACGAAAGGAACAAGAGAGCUAUUAUCUACGAGUUCAUGCCGAAUGGAUCCCUCGACAAGUUUGUUUAUGAGAAUAUGUCAACCAAGAAAGAUUGGGAAAAAUUAUAUGACAUUGCGAUAGGUGUGUCUCGUGGGCUAGAGUAUUUGCACAAUCGUUGUGUCUCGAGGAUUGUGCAUUUCGACAUAAAGCCGCAGAACAUACUGAUGGACGAAAAUCUUUGUCCUAAGAUUUCAGAUUUUGGUCUUGCUAAACUCUGUAAAAACAAGGAGAGCAUCAUAUCGAUGCUACACAUGAGAGGGACCUUUGGAUAUAUUUCCCCUGAAAUGUUUUCCAAGAACUUUGGAGCAGUUUCGCACAAGUCAGAUGUUUAUAGUUUUGGUAUGGUCAUUCUUGAGAUGAUUGGAGCAAAGAAUAUAGAAAGGGUUAAAUAUUCUGGAUCCAACAAUAGUUCAAUGUACUUUCCAGAAUGGGUCUAUAAAGAUUUUGAGAAGGGAGAAACCACAAGGAUUUUUGGAGAUGGUAUGACCGAUGAAGAAGAGAAUAUUGCAAAGAAAUUAGUACUGGUUGCUCUAUGGUGUAUUCAGAUGAAUCCAUCUGAUCGUCCACCGAUGAUCAAAGUCAUUGAAAUGUUAGAGGGGAAUCUAGAGGCCAUCGAAGUUCCACCUAAUCCGUACUUGCUUUCACUCCCGGCACCAGUUCCAGAAUCUCUUGAAAAUAGCAAUGAGACUUCAACAUUCUUUAAUCCAAGUCAUUCUGAAAGAGGUACUCGCUUGUCUAGUGACGAAGAUGCUUUACACUUUUCUGAAGAAGUGUUUCAACAAACUAUUGAAGAGAGUCAGCAUGGGUCAAGGUCCUCCUAAGCUAAAGUCAACCGGAGAGUGGAUCUCUUAAGACUUGUCAAGAUCAGCAGGUAUUUUUUUUGAAUGACGGUUAGUCUUAAAAAUUUCUGACUUAUUUAGUGUUAAUUAUAUGCUUAUUAUAUGGUGUUUAUUAACAAACACUGAACAUUGUUGGUUGACGAAGACUAAUUUCCACUGUCUUUUUAAUGGAAAAUCAAUUUUAUUAUA